CUCUCAGGAUGGAUCAGUUUUCUUCUGGAUUUUUAAUAAUCGUGUUUCUGCUGCAGAACGUCUCUUCCCUCUCAGAGGAGUCAGCCUCUCUCUAUCAGGUGCUGUCAGACUUCGCUGUCGUUCGUCCAAUCAGGACCAACGCUGAGGGCCAUUUUCUGUCCGCAUCAGUCUCCGCCCCCCGCCGCAGCAGGAGACACGCCCCCUCCACAGAGGACAAGCCCUUUGACGUUAACAACCACAGACACAAAGAUACGCCCACAGAUGCUUCACCGUCCAAUCAGACAGGGCGUGGCUGGAGGGGGCGGGGUCCCGGGGAGCAGGAGGCGGAGCUUUUCUACAACGUGACAGUGUUCGGCAUGGCGCUGCACCUGAGGCUGCGCCCCAACACCCGCCUGGUGGCCCCCGCCGCCACCAUGGAGUGGGAGGAGUCGGGACGCCAACACUCUCAGCCAAUAGGGGACGUUGGCUGCUUCUACACCGGAGACGUGUCCAACAUGGAGGACGCGUCCGUUGCCAUCAGCAACUGUGACGGGCUGGCCGGGAUGAUCCGGACUGGUCAGGAGGAGUUCUUCAUCGAGCCGCUGGAUCGAUGGAGGACAGGAAGAGCAGAGGAAGAGGAGGAAGAGGAAUUGGAAGAGGAGGAAGGAAGGCGACACAUCGUUUAUCGCCCAACGGCCAUCAUUAAGAAACAACCGGCUGUCAAUCAAACAGCUGAAGACUUCCUCAGAGGUCCUCUCUUAGGCUCUCUGAACUUCCAGCAGGACGUCUGGUCUGGAUCAAGAUCAGCCCGCCGCCGGCGCUACAUCGAGGGGGCCGAGGAGUUCAGCAUCGAGGCCCUUUUUGCUGAAGAUGUUUCUGAGAUUCUGUAUCUGCAUCCUCUCUGAAGCUGCAGUGUCUCCUCUGUGAUCCAGGUUAACGAGAUCUAUCAGGAUCACUCUCUGGGCGCCAACAUCAACGUAGUGCUGGUCAGGAUCAUCAUGCUGUCUCCAGCCAAGUCGCAGCAGCUGAUCUCUGUGGGGAACCCUCAGAAGAGUCUGGAGAACGUCUGCGGCUGGUCCUACCUCCAGCAGAGAGAGCAGAACCACGCCGAGCAGCACGACCACACCGUGUACCUGACCAGGCAGGAGUUCGGGCCCUCCGGCAUGCAGGGUUAUGCUCCAGUUAGAGGAAUGUGUCAGCUACACCGGAGUUGUGUCCUCGUCCUUGAAGACGGAUUUUCCUCAGCUUUCGUAGCUGCUCAUGAAACGGGACAUGUUUUGGGGAUGGAGCAUGACGGCGAGGCAAAUGCCUGCGAGGACGACGUCCCGCUGGGCAGCAUCAUGUCCCCGCAGGUCCAGGCCACCUUCCAGCGGUACCACUGGUCCCGCUGCAGCUGGAGGGAGCUGCACCAGUACCUGCACAACUACGACUGUCUCCGUGACGACCCGUUCCUCCACGAUUGGCCAGCUCAGCCUCCGUUGCCGGGGUUUCAGUACACCAUGGACCAGCAGUGUCGCUUCGACUUCGGACCAGGAUACAGCCUCUGCACCGCGUACACGACCCUGGACCCCUGCAAGCAGCUGUGGUGCAGCGAGUACAGCAACCCGUUCUACUGCAAGACCAAGAAGGGCCCGGCGCUGCACGGCACCAAGUGUGGACCGGGGAAGCACUGUUUCCGGGGCCUGUGCAUGCGUCUGACGCCCGACCUACUGAAACAAGACGGCGGCUGGGGCCCCUGGAGCCCGUUCGGCCCCUGCUCCCGGAGCUGCGGGGGGGGAGUUCGCUUCAGGGCGCGGCACUGUGACACCCCGGCGCCAAACAACGGGGGGCGACCCUGCGCUGGGAACAGCUACGAGUUCCAGCUGUGCCACCGAGAGGACUGCCCCCCCCUCACCGACUAUAGGGAGGAUCAGUGUAAAGUCUGGAACCCGUUCUUCGAACACCAAGGGAUCAAACAUCACUGGCUUCCUCAUCAACAUCCCGACCCUGACGAGCGCUGCCGUCUGUUCUGCCGCUCUCAGGAGACGGCGGCGGUGGUCUCCAUGGGCCGACAGGUGCAUGAUGGGACACCGUGUUCCUACAGCGACGGGCACAGCGUCUGCGUCCAAGGAGAGUGUGAGCAUGUGGGCUGUGACGGCCAGAUCGCUUCCGACCUGCAGGAGGAUCGCUGUGGAGUCUGUGGAGGAGAAAACUCCAGCUGCAAGAUCAUCAAGGGCAACUUCACCCGCAGCACCAGGAAACCAGGGUACCUGAAGAUCCUGGAGAUCCCGAAAGGAGCCCGACACCUCCUGAUCCAAGAGUUUAGAGGGACUCCUCACAUCCUGGCGAUGACCAACACAGAGACCGGUCACCUCUUCCUGAACAACGAGGCCGAGUUAACCGAGUCCCGGGUGGUGAUUGAGAAGGGGGUUAUGUGGGAGUACAGCAACACUGAUCAGCAGGAAUCCAUCCAGACCACCGGACCCCUGAAGUACGGAGUUCUGCUCAUGGUUCGUUCCCAUGGUGAGUCCAAGGUCACGGUUUCCUACAAAUACAUCAUCCAGGACAGCCUCCGCUCCUCGCUGGAGUCCAACCUGCUGCAGGAGGACGCCAUCUUCUACGAGUGGGCGCUGAAGAAGUGGUCACACUGCUCCAAGCCCUGCGGGGGAGGGAAGCAGUACACGAGGUUCGGCUGCAGGAGGAAAGCUGAUGGGAAAAUGAUUCAGAGGACGUUCUGCUCCAACAUCAACAAGCCGAGAGCCAUCAGCCGCACCUGCAACAUGGACACCUGCAGCACGUCACGCUGGGUGACCGGGGAGUGGGAGGACUGCAGCACCUCCUGCGGUCAGACGGGAUGGCAGCGUCGCUGGGUCGGCUGCCAGCAGGAGUCCAGCAGUGGGAAGCAGCAGCGCUCAGUGCACAGCAAACUCUGCGGAGAGGACCGACCGGAGGGGAAGCGAACCUGCAACCGCAUCCCCUGCCCAGCUGCCUGGCGGGCUGGACCCUGGACCCCGUGUUCAGUAUCCUGUGGAAACGGGACUCAGGAGCGUCAGGUUGUGUGUUCGAGUCCUGGAGGUUCUGCCCAAAACUGCAGUGACCCUCUACCAAUCACAACCCGCACCUGCCAGCCCCCUCCUUGUAGCGGAGACCAGAAGAACGCCAUCAUUAAGUGGCUGUCCAGGUCCAACCCAGCUUUCCCAGCUCCGAAGAUCUCCUCCAGGCAGCGAUGCCGUGGGGACCGCUCUGUGUUUUGUCGGAUGGAGGUGUUGAGUCAGUAUUGCUCCAUCGCUGGAUACCGUCAGAUGUGCUGCAAGUCCUGCAGCGAGGGUAACCUCCGCAACUCCACCUUCUCUGACAACUCCACCUACUCCAACAACUCCACCUUCUCUGACAACUCCACCUACUCCAACAACUCCACCUUCUCUGACAACUCCACCAACUUAAAAGAUUCAAACAACUUCAGCAGCACCUUCCCGUCGACCACUGACAGCAGUUUGUGGGGUUUAACCAUGGAGACCCUGACUGCAGCGUCCACCUCUUCCUGGACUCACAGCAGCAUCUUCAUCAGUAUGCCACCCCCCCGUUCUACUGAAACUCCAGCCCCGACCAGUGGAAGCACCACCGACUUUGUAUACGUUGACUACAGCGAUUACGACGAGAAUUCAUCAUACGAGGAAACUUCAAUUUCCUCUAAAGCUCCUGAUGUUAUUCCCACUACUACUUUUCCUACCACCACUGUUCCCACUACUACUUUUCCUACCACCACUGUUCCCACUACUACUUUUCCUACCACCACUGUUCCCACUACUACUUUUCCUACCACCACUGUUCCCACUACUAUUUUUCCUACCACCACUGUUCCUGCUACUACUACCACUACAAGGCGUCCAAGAAGAACUGCUCCAGCACAUGUAUUCAGGAGGAAAACUACCACUACAAGGCGUCCUGCUACAACAGCUGGAGGUCAAAGUUCAACCCCAGGUUUGUUCAGGACUUCUGCUGCACCAGAGGUCACCAGCACAAUAAUGACGCCAGCUGUUUUCAUAGGCACUUCGUCACCGAACAGGACAUCAGGAGGGAGGGUCAGUCAAACUAAAAGCGAAACAAUGUCAUCGCCGCCCUCCUUCUUCCCGCUGUCCUCUAGGAAGGAGAACAACUCGGUGGACGAGGUCCCGUACCGGAUCGUGGGAUUGGAUGGGGAUGUCGGCAGGGGCCAGCAGAACUACUUUGUGCCACAGAUGCCGCCGGUCCGCGAGCGAACACAAAACAAACGAAUCCAGCAGCUUUUGAACGAGAUGCGACGGAAAGAUCUCCUGAGGCGGAACAGGGAGGGCAGGACUGACAGGAAACCCGCCGGAUUGUAAAAAAAACCCACUCAAUAUGUUUUAUUCUUCACAUGACGCAUGUGCAGCUUGCUCACUUUGUGCUAACGCUAACAAACUCUCAACGAGAAACAGACUGCAGAGCCCGCCAAGCAACCGGCUGUUGAUCUUCGUCCUCCAUUAGUUCACAGUCAUGUUUGCAUAACUCAGCUGUCCUUGAAUAAAGGAUCAAGUAUCCUGAAUGUUUAACCUGUAUGAACCCUUCAUUCUGUUUCUGGUUUCCAGAUGUUGGUUUUCACACUCGUCAUGUUUGUACCGAAUAUUCCUGUCGCUCAAUAAAGCAAAGCCUAUUCAAGCAA